GCUCGGACGAACGCUCGGAAAUCUCUGACGUGUGUUCCGCAACUUGUCACCGACUGUAUUGUAUAUCGCCAUAGUGAUGAAGCUGUUGGUACCGGAGCUCGCUUGUAUUACCAGCUUGUACUGCAUUGAGGGCUCUUUAAUGACAUGCUUAGCUAUGAUAUACAUCUACUCCGUACUUUAUAGAGUACUUGUAUGUACCUGUAAAUCUGUCAAUGCCUAGGAAUAGAGUUGCUUUUGUUGUGUGGUUAUUCCCUCCACAUCCGGCUCACCCCGGAUACUGCAUUUUAAUACUCCAGACCAUCUACGGAGUAGAAACAGAACUAGGAAGGAUUGAUAUCUGUAAAACUUGGAAUAUUCGGAGAUACGCUAUGACGCAUUCUGCACAGAGCAAUUACUCCCUACAGUCUAGCUCAAAGCUACACUACAACCAGCCUCUAUACAAGUACUACUCGUGUAUCAGAAACAUAAUGCAAUGCUCUAUGGCUACAAAAGAAAUUUAAACGAUUAUUG